GAAAUGCAGUAGCAGCGGCAAUAAUUUGUAAAUGCACAUAUGCAAUAACAAUCCACAUCCACGCCCAAACCACAGCAAUGGCCGCCUCAGCCCAACCAGUGCCAGCGGGCGGCAGCUUCGAUUUCGAUGCUGAGAUUGUCUGCCGAAUUUGCCUGCGCAGUGUGGCGGUGGGCGAGGAGAUGCACUUCAUCUACGACGAGGCGCCUGUGGAGCAGGGAGCCAAUCUCGUCCAGAUACUAAACGAGUGCACGCGCUACACCUGCGACCGAUUCGACGACAAGAUGCCGCAUAAAAUGUGCGACCUGUGCAUCAAGGCGGCCCGCCACGCCUACCGUUUCAAGCGCGAUGCGGAAAAGUCCUAUUGCUCGCUGAUGACACUACUGGGGCGCACACUCAGCAGCAUCAGCAGCGAUGUGUGCACUCAAACAGAGCAGGUGGCCCUCCUGCCCUGCGAAAUGUGCCACGACCAGUUCCUGAACAGCCUGGAGCUGCGCCUGCACAGGAAUAGGGUGCACAAAACAAGAGACAGCGGCACCGGCAUCGGCACCAGCACCGGCACCAGUACCAGUCUUAGUGCUAGUGAAGGGGUGGCGGCGGUGGUCCAGCAGCUCAAGUGUAAAUUCUGCCCGCAACAUUUCCCGCAUCUGCGUCAGCUCAGAGCGCAUCUAGCACGGUGUCAUAACCAAACUGAGCGUCUCCAGUGUCCCCACUGCCAAUCAGCCUUCACCCGCAGGGAUCACAUGCUUCGUCACAUACGCAAUAUACACAAACAAGAGUCAGAUAGCACCUGGCCGCUGGAGGACGAGGCGACAAUGCAGAGCUCUGCCGGCGAUGAGCUCGUUUCGGCCGAGGUCCUGCUCAACGAAGACGAGAAUGAUGAGGGCGAUGCCUAUCAGUGCAAUAUCAAUCCCAUAUCCAGCAAUGAGGAAGAGGACGAGGUCAAUGACGAGGCCAAGAAAGAGUUGUGGCUGCACAUUAAGCCGGAGCCCUGCCUGGAAGCCGAAGAUCUUGACCUGAAGCUCGAGAAGAAGCUCCGCCGGCGGAAAGAGAAGACUGAAACCGAGGAGCGGCAAACAUCUACCGAUGCCGCCGCUGUUAAAGAUGAACCUUUGCCCAGCACAGAGCCAACUCAGACGACGCUGCACAUCAAAGAGGAAAGCCAGCCGGCGGCUGGCAGCGUGGAUGAGCCUGAAGGACGGCACGAAGAUGAAUUCAUAGAAGACCCCAGCCGCCCUGGGGGGGAGGAGGAUUUGCCUCUCAGUGAUGAAGAGGAGGGGGAGGAGGAGGAGGAGGAGGACGAAGAGCAAUACGACUUUGGGGAUGGGGAUGAGGAGAGCGACCUGGAUGACGAGGACAACGAUGAGGAUGAUGGAGAAGACGAUGAUGCCCCUCCAGGAGGCGUAGACAAAUCCAAGUUAGAUAUCAUGAGGGAUUAUCUGAGAAAAUCAAAGCCCACAAAGCGACGACGUCGCAACAAACAGAGUGGAGAACCCAAUCCGGAGAAUCGCUGCGAUGUCUGUCAAAGGACGUUCUCCCGCCACUGCCACCUGCUGCGGCACAAGCUCUCUCACCUGGAGAAGAAGCCGCACAGCUGUCCGCAGUGCCCCAAGGCAUUUGCACGCAGCGACCAUCUGAAGGCCCAUGUCCAGAGCCUGCACAGUAACAAGGAGCACAAAUGUACCCUAUGCGAAGCAGCCUUUGCUCGCCCCGAGGCUCUCGAGCGGCACAAGGUGAGCAAGCAUAAUGGCGAGGGCCUGGAGGCGGGCAGCGAACUGAAGCUCCAGCUGGCGGAGCACACCUGCGAAUACUGCUCGAAGCGUUUCUCCAGCAAAACGUACCUGCGCAAGCACACGCUGCUCCACACCGAUUUUCUGUACGCCUGCAAGAGCUGCGAGGAAACCUUCAAGGAGCGCCAGCAGCUGCGCGAGCAUGAGAAGAGCCACACUGGUCAGCGUAAUUUCCUGUGCUGCAUCUGUGGCGAUAGCUUUGCCCGCAACGAUUACCUGAGGGUGCACAUGCGGCGGCAUAAUGGCGAGAAGCCGUACAAGUGCCGCUACUGUGUGAAGGCCUUUCCCCGGGCCACCGAUCUCAAGGUGCACGAGCGGUAUCACACGGGCACCAAGCCCAAUCUGUGCAAUACGUGCGGCAAGAGCUUCCAUCGGGCCUACAAUCUAACCAUCCACAUGCGCACCCACACGGGCGAGCGGCCGUACAAGUGCGACCAGUGCCCGAAGAGCUUCACACAGAGCAAUGACCUCAAGGCCCACAUACGUCGGCACACGGGCGAGCGGUACAAGUGUCCGCACUGCGAUGCCUACUUCCUGCAGCUGUACAACAUGAGGAACCACUGCCUGAGUGCCCACAACAAGCAUAUCGAAACGAAGACGGGUCGGCUGCAGCGUACAGGUCUCCUCGAGGAAGGCACUCAAUCCCAUCUGACCACUGUCGUGAUGCCCCCCGUUCGCUAUCAGUCGUCGGCGUCGACCGGGCAGGAUCCCAACCAAAUGGAGCAACAAAUGGGAGGCCCUGUGGCUGUAAUGGGUACGGGAGUCGAGAGCUCGUCAACCACCAUCAUUCAUAACCACUCGCUGCCAGAGGCCGCCUCGGCGUACCAUGCCUCGCCCGUGACCACAGGGGCUGUGCCCACAACAUCGCCAUCGGCCACUCUAGAUGGGGCCGCCUAUGCACCGGCCCCGGCGCCGCCAACGCCUGUGAAUGCAGCACCUUUUGGCGCCUUCAAUUUUCCCCCCGUCGUUGUGGCGCAUCUAUUGUACAAUCAUGCUGGUGGCAGCCAGCACAGUCAGAGCGGCAGUGAGACUGGUAAAUAGCUGCAAAGCUGCUGCUACUCCCACAGCCACUGGCACUCCAUCAGCAGAGCAAACACAACUAUUAUUCCAGUGCAAUCUUAUGUUCCCCGCUGUACAGGAUUUCAGAGAGACGACUGCAUCAUGGAAGUUGCUGGGAAGCAACUUUUUUUUGUUUUAGAAUUUUAUGUGAUAAGAACAACUAGUGUAAGAGCCCAGAUUACAUCACAUGGAAUGUAGCACAACACACACCACCACCCCCACCCCUCACCCAGUAAAUGGAUGUAUUUUAUAAAUGCCUAUUAUUAUUAUUAUCAUA